GGGCGGGGCGGGCCGCAGCCUGGGAGUCCCAGCUGGAGCACCCGCCCCAGGCCAGCCCCAUCUGAUCCUGGGCCGGAACCGGAGGCGGCUGCCCCGGGCCCUUCCAGCCUCCGAUCCAGUGCCCGCGCUGUACUUGCAUCCCAGAGUCCAGCUCGACCCGCGGCGGCACGGCAGGUGCUGCCAGAGCUGCCCACGCGCCCGCCCAGCCCUCGGCUGCCUUGUCUUGGCCUCUCCUCCGAGGGCAGCAGCCACCAUGUUCUCGUGUGUGAAGCCCUACGGAGACCAGAGCUACUCAGCGCUGAAGCGGGCCUGUCUGCGCAGGAAGGUGCUCUUCGAGGACCCCAACUUCCCAGCCACUGACGACUCGCUGUACUAUGACGGCACCCCGGGCUCUGCCGUCAGGUGGAAGCGGCCCAAGGACAUCUGUGAGGACCCCCGCCUCUUUGUGGACGGCAUCAGCUCCCACGACCUGCACCAGGGCCAGGUGGGCAACUGCUGGUUUGUGGCAGCCUGCUCAUCGCUCGCCUCCCGAGAGACCUUGUGGCAAAAGGUCAUCCCAGACUGGAAGGAGCAGGAGUGGAACCCUGAGAAGCCUGACGCCUAUGCGGGCAUCUUCCACUUCCACUUUUGGCGCUUUGGGGAGUGGGUGGAUGUGGUCAUUGAUGACCGGCUGCCCACAGUCAACAACCAGCUGAUCUACUGCCACUCCAACUCCCGAAACGAGUUCUGGUGUGCCCUGGUGGAGAAGGCCUAUGCCAAGCUGGCGGGCUGUUACCAGGCCCUGGAUGGAGGCAACACGGCGGAUGCGCUGGUGGACUUCACAGGUGGCAUUUCCGAGCCCAUCGACCUGACUGAGAGUGACUUCACCAAUGACGAGACCAAGAGGAACCAGCUCUUUGAGAGGGUGUUGAAGGUGCAUAGCCGGGGAGGCCUCAUCAGUGCUUCUAUCAAGGCAGUGACAGCGGCAGACAUGGAGGCCCGCCUGGCGUGUGGCCUGGUGAAGGGCCACGCCUAUGCCAUCACCGAUGUGCGCAAGGUGCGCCUGGGCCACGGACUGCUGGCCUUCUUCAAGUCGGAGAAGUUGGACAUGAUCCGCCUGCGCAACCCCUGGGGCGAGCGGGAGUGGAACGGGCCCUGGAGCGACACCUCAGAGGAGUGGCAGAAGGUGAGCAAAAGUGAGCGGGAGAAGAUGGGUGUGACCGUGCAGGAUGAUGGCGAGUUCUGGAUGACCUUUGAGGACGUGUGCCAAUACUUCACUGACAUCAUCAAGUGCCGCCUGAUCAAUACGUCUUACCUGAGCAUCCACAAGACGUGGGAGGAGGCCCAGCUGCGCGGUGCCUGGACACGACAUGAAGACCCACGGCAGAACCGCAGUGGGGGCUGCAUCAACCACAAGGACACCUUCUUCCAGAAUCCGCAGUACAUCUUUGACGUCAAGAAGCCAGAAGAUGAAGUACUGAUCUCCAUCCAGCAGCGGCCGAAACAGUCCACCCGCCGGGAAGGCAAGGGUGAAAAUCUGGCCAUUGGCUUUGACAUCUACAAGGUGGAGGAGAACCGCCAGUACCGCAUGCACAGCCUGCAACACAAGGCCGCCAGCUCCAUCUACAUCAACUCACGCAGCGUCUUCCUGCGUACGGACCAGCCCGAGGGCCGUUAUGUCAUCAUUCCCACCACCUUCGAGCCAGGCCACACUGGCGAGUUCCUGCUCCGAGUCUUCACCGACGUGCCCUCCAACUGCCGAGAGCUGUGCCUGGAUGAGCCCCCCCGCUCCUGCUGGAGCUCGCUGUGUGGCUACCCUCAGCAGGUGACACAAGUGCAUGUCCUGGGGGCUGCUUGUCUCAAGGAUUCCCCGACAGGGGCUAACUCUUAUGUGAUCAUCAAGUGUGAGGGGGACAAAGUCCGCUCGGCAGUGCAGAAGGGCACCUCAUCGCCCAAGUACAACGUGAAAGGCAUCUUCUACCGCAAGAAGCCGGGCCAGCCCAUCACCAUCCAGAUAUGGAAUCACCGAGUCCUGAAGGAUGAGUUCCUGGGCCAGGUGCACCUGAAGGCUGACCCAGAUGACCUCCAAGCCCUGCACACCCUCCACCUCCAAGACCGAAAUAGCCGGCAGCCCAGCGACCUGCCAGGGACCGUUGCUGUGCAUGUCCUCAGCAGUGCCUCCCUCACAGCUGUCUGAUAUCUGCCCACCUACCUGGCCCCCACAGUUCUCACCAUCAUCUGCAUGUCCCCAACCAGGCCAGGGAUUCGCCUGGAAUCCAGGAUGCUGGGGUCCUUUUUUCAGAUUUUCUACUGACUUGCUGUGUGACCUUGGGAAGUGUCUGCCCCUCUCUGGGCCUCAGUGUCCUGAGGACCCCAGAGCGUUACUUUCUUAUGGAGGAGUCUUCUUGCCUGAGAUUUAAAAUAGCCCUCCUUACUUAUCCCAACUGUUAUCACUGCUAAGGAACUCUAUCCAUUCAAAAUGUAUUCCCAAGGCUCUGCUGUCUGCCAACGGAGUGCCAAGAAGAUGUCACUUGUUUACACACAAACUGCCAUAUCCCAAGCCCCACUCUUGCCCUUCCUGUCCGGAGUCCACCCCGGUGUCCCAGACCUUGCGUUUCCUGUCACCUACACCUGCUUUUCUAGCCACCUUGAGAGGACUGUUGGCUCUUGCUGGGUUCCUGCGCAGGCUGGAAUUGGGGAAAUGUGCAGGUGACAUUUGUUCAUUCUCUAAUCCUGUCCACCCACCCAUCCAUUUAUUUAUUCCAUAGAGAUUUUCCAAGUGACUAAGCAAUGCCCAGGAGACCCCAGGUGGAGCUGGGCCCCUGCUGCAGCUCUGGGAGACCCGGUUUCCAUUCUAAGCCUCAUCUCUGCUCUCGGGUCCCUCAGGCAGAUGCCCAGAUGCUCAGAGGAGCUGUCGCUACCUUCUCAUUCUAGGUUCUGAUUUCAUCUCUAGCCUCUGGUUAAGGUCCCUAGAGAGUUGGUGGCAGUGGUGGAGAGGAAGGGCGUUUCCUGUCUUCACUGUCCUGAUGCUGGAAGGAGUGUGCCUGGUUUAGUGGCCAGGGGCUGGGGUGGGGGACGUGGGGACCUAAGGGGGAGGCACAUGCUCUCAGACCCCCUUCUACUGUAAGACCUGAGCUUUCCUGGGAGAAGGGACUCUGGGAUGGUGAUGGCAGGUCCAGCAGGGUCAGGUCACCCACUGGGCUUGGCAGAAUGUACGGUAAACCCAUCGCCUGACCAGAGACUCCUCCACCAACAUCCCCCCAACACACAGCCAACGAGGCGGCAGCUCUCCUGCUGGCCGGACCAAAAUGUUCCUUUUAGUCCUCAGCGUUUUUAUUCUUUCUGUUUUAAAACUCUCAGCUUUAAACAGGGGUUUUUAAAGGAAAAGUGAAACCCUGAACCCCUUUUUUCUUCUUAAACUUCAAUUCUUACGGUCCUCUGAUUUUAUUUUGAUUCCGCUUGGGGAGGGAAAAGGAGAAGUCAUACCCUCUCAGAGGAGGUCUAGAGAUGGAUGCAGAGGGUGUUUAGAAUGUUUGCAAGCUGGCAGCAACUGUCUUCGUGGCAAAUGUUGAUACCGUGACCUGCUUAGGGUCUCUUCGGUGCCGUCCUUGGGCUCCAGACCAGGCGACGUAAAUGAGAAAGUUCAUCUGGUUCAAGAACAAGAAUCCCUGUGGUCUUGCUGCGAAUUCAUUUGGGAACCUGGAUUUUCAGCUCCAGAUCUGGCUGUUUGGUCCAGUGUCCUGGCUGGAGGUGCUUUAUUAUUGACUUUGCCUCCUUGGUGGUUGGCUCCGCUCUUGUGUUCUAGCCCUGGGCCAGGAACUGAACAACGAGGACAAGAGGACUCUUGGAAAAUCCAGGACUUCCCCUCAAGAACCUGGGCCUAGGGCCAGGACUCUGCCCAGGACCAGGAGCAAGUCACUUAAACCUCCUGUGCCUCGAUUUCCCCCUUCUGCAAAGUGGGGCCAACGAUACUUGUUUGUCAGCAGUCUUACUAACAAGUGCUGAAUAAGGGCAUAAUCAUACUCUUUCUCUAUGUGUCUCUCUCUGUAUGCGUGCAUAUUGUACACACUCAUGUAAUCACUUCUCAAUAUCUGUUUCGAAUGAACACUCCUGAAUCAGGGUGGAGAGGCUGCAUGAGCCAGCUUGGGGCCUCUGGGGCUGAUACGUGGGUCUUUGCUCAGCCAUGUCUACCUAGGGUAUGGGGACGAAUCAGGACCAUCUGGCCGACCUGUGUGGGCUUCAGCCUGGGGACGGGGCCCUGAACCUCUACCAACAGAGUUUGUUCGGCAGCCCCUCUACAUGGGCCAGGCUGGCUCCUGGCUAUGCGGAGAUCCCUGGUCCCCAGGAGGCCCUGGGGACAAGGCAGGUGAGGUCGGAGUUCUUCCAGGCUGGGACUGGAUGAUGGAUGGGGAGAACAAUUGCUCUGUUCCCUGAUGCACCUUCAGGCCACAGGUGCCUCCAAGUCCCCAUUUGCAGAUGGGCGGGGCUUCGGAUCCAUCCCACCCUAUCUGGGUUCGCUCCCUUCAGGGCCUAUCGUGGGGUCAGGGAGUAGAGACCUGUCCUGUUCUCAGAAUAAAUGUUACCACAAUGC